GUCUGCAGACAAGCUCAAGCAAAUGGUAAUGAGCUUGCGCGUCUCAGAACUGCAAGUGCUUUUGGGAUACGCUGGGCGCAACAAGCACGGGAGAAAGCACGAACUCUUGACCAAAGCACUCCAUUUGCUGAAAGCGGGCUGCAGCCCGGCUGUACAAAUGAAGAUCAAGGAGCUGUACCGCCGCCGUUUCCCCACAAAGAUGCUUUCCCCGACAGACCUUUCUCUCGCUGGGGUCCAUUCCACGACGGGCGCAACGCCCACAGGCUUGCCCGCCAGCCUAACCCAGCUGGGCUUCGACAGUCACGGGUCUCCCUCACCUCUACUGCCUGUCUCUUUACUGGGGCCUAAACACGAGCUGGGCCUUCCACACCUUCCCUCCGCUCUGCACCCCGUCCACCCAGACGUCAAGCUCCAGAGGCUGCCUUUCUACGACGUGCUGGAUGAACUGAUCAAGCCCACCAGCCUGGCCUCAGACAACAAUCAGAGGUUUCAAGAAACAUGCUUUGCAUUUGCAUUAACGCCUCAGCAAGUCCAACAGAUCAGCAGCUCGAUGGACCUCGCUGGGACCAAAUGUGACUUCUCUGUACAAGUUCAAUUAAGGUUUUGUUUAUCAGAGACAAGUUGUCCUCAGGAAGACCAUUUCCCACCAAACCUCUGUGUAAAAGUGAACGGAAAGCCCUGUAACCUCCCUGGUUAUCUUCCUCCAACUAAGAACGGAGUGGAGCCAAAGCGACCAAGCAGACCUAUCAACAUUACCUCCCUGGUCCGUUUAUCCACAACAGUCCCCAACACUAUUGUGGGAUCCUGGACGUCAGAAAUCGGCAGGAGUUACUCUAUGGCUGUGUACCUCGUCCGACAGCAGUCAUCCUCAAUCCUGCUACAGAGACUUCGGUCGAAAGGCAUCAGGAAUCCAGACCACUCCAGGGCACUCAUUAAAGAGAAAUUAACAGCAGACCCUGACAGUGAGAUUGCCACUACUAGUCUGAGAGUCUCACUCCUCUGUCCGCUGGGGAAGAUGCGGCUAAUGAUUCCGUGCCGUGCGCUGACCUGUUCACACCUGCAGUGCUUUGAUGCCACGCUCUACCUUCAAAUGAACGAGAAAAAACCCACGUGGGUGUGUCCAGUCUGUGACAAGAAGGCCCCAUACGAGCACCUCAUCAUUGACGGGUUAUUUAUGGAGAUCCUGAACAGCUGUGUAGAUUGUGAUGAGAUCCAGUUUAAGGAGGAUGGCAGCUGGGCCCCUAUGAUUUCCAAAAAGGUGGUGCAGGAGGUGUCUGCUACGUCCAAUGGCCUGGAUGGUUCAAGUCGACAGGUGGUGUCUGACCACAGAAACAGUUCUCAUAGCAGCAGUAGUAACAGUAAAAAAGUCGAAGUGAUUGACCUCACACUGGACAGCUCCUCGGAUGAUGAUAACGAUGACGAGCCUCCACUAAAACGAGCCUGUCCAUCUCUUUCACCCACUUCACCACCAGUCAGCAAAGGGGUAUUGAAUCUUCAUCAUCAAGCCUCGCCAGUGACGAGAGCUCCCAGCAUGCCAGCAGUGGAGCCAAACUACAUACCUCCCCCACCUCCUCUCAUUCAGGACUACCGCCAUUAUUAUCACGCAUCCAGUGACCUACCAGAUCUGAAUUUCUUUUCAUUUCUACAAGGAGAAAAUCAUCAGCAUUACAACAUGGUGAUGGCAGCGGCAGCCGCGGCAUCGGCCUCGGCAUCGGCGUCAGAUGAUCACGACCUCCUCCACUUCAUGCCCUACAACUCCUCCCAGCUCUACCUGGAUCAGGCGAACACAACGCAGAGCGGCAUGCUGGCACCACCCAACGGCAACGUCACCAGUAGCUCCAGCCUGCGGGACGGCCACGGGCACAGCAACGUCUCGCGGUCGCGAUCGGACACGGCCGCCUCCGUCAUUUACGGCUCCAUCCCCGACGUCAUCUCACUCGACUGAGCACACGGUAGCGUGCCAACUCAAAGACUGACACCAUCCAUGGGAGAUGAGAAGUAUAGUGAACAUAAGGAGAAACUUUUGUACAAAGAAAAAGAAGAAACGCUGUACAGAGAAUAAAUAUCUAUUUUCAGUUUUACUUUUGUAUAUAAACAAAGGGACGCUGCCUGCUCAGCGAGUGACUUCAGUUCAUAUUUUUUGGUGUGAUUACUGAAGAUAGUCGUUUUGGUCCCCCACUGCUCCGUGUGCUGUCCUUCGACUUGACUUUUUAUACUCUUUUGCUAUUUUAUUUCACCUCAGACGCUGGUUUCAGUCCCAGUGUGUUUGAUCUUUUAAAGGGGUCAGUAUGUUAUUUAAAUACACUUUCUCGUGCAGAUAAUUUAUGAGGCUUUUUUUUAA